AAUCAGCCCUGCAUUACCCAUUACCCAAGUAACUCAAAUCCGCUUCCAGAAAUAUCGCAUAGCGCACUAGACACAAUCUUCCAUCGCCGAUCGAAUACCACACAUACGCAGUCGACUAUCUACAUUGUCACUCGCUGAGAUGUCUGCUCCCGGAGCUGGUCACGAGUUUGCUCCCCAGGAAGUCUCCUGGCAGAAGCGCGAUAUUCUCGUGUUUGCCAACAGCAUUGGCUGCAAAGCUGAUGAACUUCACUUCCUUUAUGAACUCCACCCCAGAUUCGCGGUCUUUCCAACCUACCCGGUUAUCCUUCCAUUUAAGCUCACCGAUCAGGAAGUGAUUGACUUCUAUGCUCGGGCAGGCGGUGCCCCGAUUCCAGGAGCUCCCAAGCUCGACUACCGCCGUGUUGUGGAUGGUCAGCGGCGAAUCAUUGCUCUGAAGCCACUCCCAACAUCCAGCGCAGGACGGAAAUUCGAGCUGCGCAACAAGGUCAUUGGACUUUAUGACAAGGGCAAGGCCGGGACUGUGCUGGAGACAGAACAGUCGAUCGUCGACCAGGCCACUGGAGACAUCUAUACUAAGAUCCUGAGCAGCAGCUUUUUUGUCGGGCAGGGUGGCUGGGGAGGUCCAAAGGGCCCAAGCACGGUGAAUUACCCCCCUCCGGAGGGUAAAAGCCCUGACGCCACCCAUAUAAUUCAGACGACGCCGGAGACGGCUCUCUUGUACCGUCUCAAUGGUGACUACAACCCUCUCCAUGCAACUCCCGAGCCGGGUGCAAAGAUGGGUUUCGGUGGCACCAUCAUCCAUGGACUCUUCAGCUGGAACGCCGCAGCCCAUGGUGUAUUGAGAGAGAUUGGACAGAGCGAUCCAGAAAACCUGAAAGAGUUCCAAGCGCGCUUUGCCUCUCCAGUAAAACCAGGCGACAAGCUUACGACUGAGAUCUGGCGGAUGGGCAGGCUGGAAGGCGGCGAUGAAGAGAUUCGUUUUAUUGUGAGAAACGAUAAGGGCAAGGUGGUACUCAGCAAUGGCCGUUGUCUCUUGAAAGCUACCGACUCGAAGGCCAAGCUGACUGUGAACGAGACAGUCAAACAUGACCCUAAAUCAGCUCAACAGUUUUCAAAGGACGUCUUCAAGAAACUAGGACCAUUCUGGCUACGAGACAACUGUCAGUGUGACAAAUGCCAUCAUCCUCAAACCCGACAACGGGAGGUAGACACAUUUGCGAUUCCUUCAGAAAUAAUUAUCAAGAAGGUCAUCUAUGCAGCGGAAGGCCUCAGAGUGGAAUUUUCGGAUGGACAUACGGGGUUCUACACAUAUGCCUGGCUCAAAGCCAAUGGUACCAAAAAGCCGACUAGUGUGCUUCGGGCCGUUCAUACAGCCAAACCCAGGCCUUACCAUCCAUUCACGGGGACUGGGCCAUAUCCCACGGUUUCAUAUGACGAUGUUAUGCAGGACGACAAGGGGUUGUUGCAGUGGCUUGAUAAAAUUUAUAGCUACGGGUUUUGUUUCGUCAUAGGUGUUCCCGUGACGACUCGGGACACUGAGAAGCUUCUCGAGAGAAUCGCUUUUAUCAGGCCCACGCAUUAUGGGGGUUUCUGGGAUUUCACGUCUGAUAUGAGUUUUGGUGACUCUGCGUAUACAAGCGAAGGUCUCGGUGCACACACUGAUACUACAUACUUUACGGAUCCUGCGAGACUCCAAAUGUUCCACCUUUUGUCUCAUACCGACGGGCAAGGGGGCGCUAGCCUGCUAGUUGAUGGCUUUCGAGCUGCCGAGACGCUGCAGAAGGAGAAAAAGGCGCACUACGCCUCGCUAAUGCGCCAAAGCCAGCCUGCUCAUGCCAGUGGCAACGAGAAGGUCUGCAUACAGCCUAUACACGAAUUUCCGGUGCUCGAACUUCACCCGCAAUUAGACCAGCUGUACCGGAUCCGCUGGAACAAUUACGACAGAGCACCGAAGACGAAUUGGGGAAUCAAAGACUUGAAGCAGUGGUACAGUGCGGCGCGACACUGGAACGAGAUAAUCAGCCGCGAGGAGUUCCAGAUCUGGACACAACUCGAACCGGGAACCGCUCUAAUCUUCGAUAAUUGGAGAAUGCUCCACGGGCGUUCGAAAUUCACCGGAAAGCGGAGAAUGUGUGGUGGUUAUAUCAAUAAUGACGAUUUUCUUUCUCAAUAUCGUCUUCUCAAGUUCGGCCGAGAACACGUCCUAAAUAAUCUCGGUAACUGGCAUGGUAAAGGCCACAAAGAAGGCAACCCGAACUUUCUGAUAUAAUAGGCGUGCGAAUGCUGGUCGUGCUCAGAUACUGUACAUAGACCAUGCGUGGAUGGUGUGUUCAUAGCAAGCGUUGCAGAGGCGAGUGAAAGUGCAAAGCAGUAGACGCAAUGGUGUAAUUGUGGUCGGGAGCCUCCUAUACCCACUGUGAAGCUGGCAUGUGGGGUGCGAAUCGAAGGAUCAUUACCAUUAUAUACCAUAAGUGAAGUCCCAGAUACUCUACAUCAGUACGGAGUAGCACU